AUGCGCUAUUUGGAGAAACCAACAGACAUGAUGUGGAGUCCGUUGGGCAAUGAUGCGAACGAAAGAGCCCUGGAAUUUCGUCUAGCUGGAGAGACCGUAGAUGAGGACAUUCUCCGGAAUCCGCCGGGACCAGUACUCAUAACUCCUGGUGAACCGAAUAGCGAGAACGAUGCUCCUUUCACCACAACACUUAGAGGACAGACCGAACGGGCUAUCCCAAAUGCGAGUCGAAAGAAAAAAACGGAAUUAUCAACCAACGAUUCAACGGGAUAA